AUGGACAAGGAAGCCACUGGUAGUGCUGAAGAAACCAAGACUAAAACCCUCAUAUUCGGGGGAACUGGCUACUUAGGAACAUAUAUAGUGAAGGCAAGCAUCAAGUUACGACAUCAAACAUUCGUGUAUGCCCGCCCCAUCACCCCACAAUCCUCUCCACACAAGAUCAACUUGCAUCAUGAAUUCCAAUCCCUCGGUGUUACCAUCAUCGAGGGAGAGCUGGACGAGCAUGAAAAGAUUGUGGCAACACUUCAUCGAGUAGAUGUCGUGAUCUCGUCUUUGCCAUUCCCUCAGGUCCCUGACCAGAUUCAUAUCAUUGAAGCCAUUAAAGUUGCAGGUAACAUAAAGAGGUUCAUUCCAUCGGAAUUCGGGGUCGAAGAGGACCGACUGAGCUUUCUGCCACCAUUUGAAGCUUGUUUAGAUAAGAAGCGAAAGAUUAGAAGGGAAGUGGAAGCAUCUGGGAUACCCUACACUUACAUAUCUGCGAACUGUUUUGGUGCUUACUUCUUGAAUUACUUGCUUCGUCCACAUGAAGAACAUGAGGACGUGAUCGUCUAUGGAUCCGGUGAAGCCAAGGUGCUGUUUAAUUACGAAGAAGAUAUCGCGGAGUACACAAUCAAAGUAGCAAAUGACCCAAGAACAUGCAACAAAAUUGUGAUCUACCAGAUGCCGAUGAAUAUUUUGUCCCAGAUGGAACUGAUUUCUUUGUGGCAGAGCAAAACAGGUAGGAGUUUCAGGAAGAUUCAUGUUCCGGAGGAAGAACUCGUGAAACUCACAGAGACGUUACCAUUUCCAGAUAAUGUACCGGCAUCCAUCCUUUAUAGCAUAUUUGUAAAAGGUGAUUGUCUGAACUAUGAGCUUCGAGAGGAUGACCUUGAAGCUUCAUGUCUAUAUCCGGAUUACAAGUACACCACCGUCGAUCAACUUCUUGACGUUUUCCUGGUUGAUCCACCUAAGCCGGCUCGUGCUACGUUUUAAAUUCAAAAGAUAAUGAAAGGUUAAAUAUAUUUAAUCUUAUAUCUUUUUAU